AUGUCCCAACUCACGUUUUGGAAACCUGGCGCUAUCGCACCGGGCAGCUCCCUGGAUAGGGUUCCCGAGAAUGAGAAUCCCGUGCUUGGGUCUGCUCCAGAACUUUCGUCUUCGCCGUAUGACCAGAGAACCAGGUUGCCCAUUUACAAACAUCGCGAUAAACUGCUUUAUAGUGUGGAGAAGUAUGGUGUUACGAUUAUCGUUGGACAGACUGGGUGUGGAAAGACUACCCAGCUACCUCAGUUCUUGUAUGAAGCCCAGUGGGCGAGUGAUGGACGUGUUAUUGCGUGUACCCAGCCUCGACGUGUUGCUGCGACUUCGGUUGCGACUCGAGUUGCGCAGGAAGUGGGGACGACCUUGGGGCAUGAAGUUGGCUACACGAUUCGGUUCGAGGAUGUCAGUGAUAAAGAGAGGACAAGGAUCCUGUAUCUCACGGACGGGAUGCUGUUCCGAGAGUUGCUGGUGGACCCCUUGCUUUCGAGGUAUAGCGUUAUUAUGGUGGACGAAGUACAUGAACGCAGCGUGUAUACCGACUUACUCUUAGGUAUGCUCAAAAAAAUUCGUCGGAAACGACCCGAACUUCGCCUCAUUGUUUCGUCCGCCACAAUGGACGCCGCCUACUUCUUGAAUUACUUCACGAACGACACCUCGAGUGAUGAGGCUACAGUCAUUAGCUUGGAAGGGAGAAUGUAUCCGGUACAGGUUGCGUAUAUUGACGAACCUGUGCCGGAUUAUGUGCGUGCGGCUGCACAGUUGGCUUGGGAUAUUAAUGUCCAGAGGCGCCCUGGUGACAUUCUUAUAUUCCUCACGGGUAGGGAAGAUAUCGACCGCUGUUUGGACGAGCUAUCAGAGCGGAUACCACUACUGCCACCCAAUGCACCGCGUAUGAUUCUUAUACCGUUACAUGCGGGUUUGACGACCGACGAACAACUGAAGGCGUUCCUGCCUGCCGAGAAGGGGACAAGGAAGAUUAUUGUUUCGACGAACAUUGCCGAAGCGAGUGUCACUAUUGACGGGAUACGAUACGUGAUUGAUUCGGGUUUUGUCAAGAUACGUGUUUACAACCCCACAGCGUCAAUGUCCUCACUGGUUGUCGUUCCCACCUCGAAAGCAGCGGCGACACAGCGCGCUGGCCGAGCGGGGCGAACGUCCAACGGUGUUUGCUACAGACUCUAUACCCAAGCUGCAUACGAUGCUUUACCCGCUGCGACACCGCCUGAAAUCAGUCGGACAGACUUGACGUCGCUCAUUCUGCAAUUAAAGGCCCUCGGUGUGGAUGAUUUGAUGAAGUUUCCCUGGGUGACUCCACCGCCCGCGGAGAGCGUUCUGAGGGCGUUGGAAGCACUCAGUGCGUCUGGGUUGAUUACGGAUUCGGGUCAUUUGACGCACACUGGGUCAAAGAUCGCGGAAUAUCCGAUCGAGCAUAAUAUUGCGAAGAUGCUCUUCGCUUCGGAAGACUUCAAGUGCGGGGAGGAGAUUUUGACAAUCGCUGCAAUGAUUUCUGUUCAGAAUGUAUUUGUGAUUCCGGAUGGGGCACCCGGUGCUUUGGCCGAGUUGGAAAGAAGAAAAUUCACUGCUGAGGAAGGCGAUCAUCUUACUCUUCUCAAUGCCUACAAUGCAUUUAUCAGAUAUGGCCAAUCAUCUUCCUGGUGUAAAUCUCAUGCUCUCUCAUUUAGGGCCAUGUCCCGGGCUGUCUCCAUCAGAGCUCAGCUCAAGAAAUACAUGAUCCGGUUCAAACUCCCAAUCAUAAGUUGUGAAGGAGAUGCAAAAAGGCUGAGGCAGUGCUUGGUUAGUGGAUAUUGGCAGAAUAGUGCUAGGCUCCAACCAGAUAGCACUUAUUUGGCUACUCAUGGGAACAAGAUCCUACAUGUCCAUCCUUCCUCUGUCCUGUUCAACAGAUCCUCAAGACCAAAGUGGAUUAUUUAUCAUGAAAUCACAGAAACUCAGCAAACACAAGUCAAUAUUUUAACCGAGAUUGAUCCUGAUUGGCUACUUGACUAUGGUUACAAGUAUUCAAUGAAGUAG